GCACGUUUCAAACUGAAGCCUUUGCAAAGUAUUAAGGCUGUUUUCAAAAGAUUUUGUUUCGCCCAUCAGACCAGCCUUGGCUGCAUCCCAACUCCUGCACAGCCCUGUGUGCUGAUGGAAACCCCUCAUGACCAGAGCCUGAGCAAAAAAAAUACAGGAAGUGCUGAGAAGGCUCCAGAACUGGUUUCAACCACUUUUUCAAGUUUGGGAGAUCAUCAAGACUUUGCCAGUGAUGCUGACAAUAAUUGCCUCCAUGGGAGGUGACUAAAACCAAACAGAAGGAAAGACAACAAACAUGCAAUUGAGAGGGACAGAAAGAGAUGUCUCACCUGUCAUCUUUGCUGUAGUGAAGCUUUUGGAAGGCUUUUUAGUGGGAAACUAAAAUGGCUGAGGUUUCACACAUUGCUUAGGUGAAGUAUCUUUUUUUGAAGUAUCCCUGGUAUCACCAACCAGCUCCAGAGGCUGGGACAGUUGGUGGGAGGAAGGGACAUCAGUGAAGGUGUCUUGCUCCUGGAACAGCUCCUUGCACAUCAGCUAGCACCAGGCCAUUUCAUCCCCCUCUGGAGUGUCCCUCGGUGCAGUUCCCCACUGCACACACCUCUCAGCCCCCGGACGAGAUGGCUGCCCUCAUCGCUGAGAACUUCCGCUUCCUCUCCUUAUUCUUCAAGAGCAAAGAUGUGAUGAUUUUCAAUGGUUUGGUGGCCCUGGGCACAGUGGGGAGCGAGGAGCUCUUCUCAGUUGUUGCCUUCAACUGCCCCUGCUCCCCUGCCCGCAACUACAUCUAUGGGCUGGCUGCCAUCGGUGUCCCGGCCCUGGCCCUCUUCCUCAUUGGUGUCAUGUGGAAUAACCACACCUGGAACCUGGUGGCCGAGUGCCACAAGCGCGGCGUCAAGAACUUCUCUGCUGCUGCCACCUUCCUCCUCUUCGGCUCCAUCCUGGGCCGAGCAUCCGUGGCACCCAUCACUUGGUCGGUCAUCUCGCUGCUGCGUGGGGAAGCUUACAUCUGUGCCCUCAGCGAGUUUGUCAAGCCAUCCUCCCUGGACAAGUUUCCAGCUGAGUACGGGGCCGAGGUGCUGGCCAAGUUCCCCUGUAGAGACGUCCCUGCAAACCUCACCAAGUUCAGGGACGAGGUGACACGGAGGCUGAGAUACGAGUCCCAGCUCUUUGGCUGGCUGCUCCUCGGCAUCGUUGCCGUCCUGGUUUUCCUCACCAAGUGCCUGAAGCACUGCUGCUCGCCACUGAGCUACCGGCAGGAGGCCUACUGGGCCCAGUACCGCUCCAACGAGGACAAGCUCUUCCGACGCACGGCCGAGGUCCACUCCAGGAUCCUGGCAGCCAAGAAUGUGAAACAAUUCUUUGGCUUUGUGGCACUGGACAAGGAGGAGAAGGAGCUGGUGCAGGAGUUCCCGGUGGAGGGCGUCCAGCCGAGCCCCCAGUGGAAUGCCAUCACAGGUGUCUACAUCUACCGAGAGAACAAGGGCUUUCCCCUCUACAGCCGCCUCCACAAAUGGGCCAAAGGGGUGGAAGGGAAUGGGCCAACCCCAGAAGGCCACGAACUGCUGUUUUUAGCUUCCUAAGACACAUGUGCACCCCACUUCCCCACACUGCCUGUAUCAGUGCUCAGCUGAGGGAUGCACUGGGAACAUUCCUCCUGGCGGGAUUAUUACUUCUCUCAGCAGGUAAACAGGAAUCAACAGCCUCAAGGCAGAGACUGAUAAGCAAUACCCUGAGCUGGGGAACCCCUCCCUUGGAAACAGCAAUCUCACUGCUGUUCCUAGAGACACAGGGGAGCAAAGAGCAGAUGCUGGGCAGGUCCCAGAGCACUUUACAGACUUUACAGGCUUCUUUUGCAGGCAAAAGGAAGCAGUGGGUAAAUUUCUGUCUUGGUUUGAAAGACAGGUGUCUGCUAAGGAAAGCACAAGCCUCUUUUGAUAUAGAAAAUGUACCCCCCCCCUCCAAAUUAUUAUAAUUUUGAAAUUAAGGAGCUCUCAGGCAAAGAUAUGGGAAUAG